GCUUGGCAGCAUUGCUGGUCGUUGUAGUAAAAUUCGUCUAGACAGAUGAUGCUGUGACUAUGUUGGUUGCCAUGGUAACACUAUCUUCUCCUCCCAGCUCCCUCCAGCAACAACGCCUACUGGGAGCAGCAACACCAGCAGCUCCUCCAGAGUCUGCCUCCGGCGUUGAUGGAGGAAUACGGCGAGGACUACAUCGCUGAGACCAAGGACCUGUUCCAGAGCUUCGCCGAGCACGCCAACCCAGACCUCAGCCCCGUGGUGGACGCCAUUGUCCAUGCGCUGCUGUCGCCGCAGCCGCAGGCGCGCUACUUCGCCGGGCCUGGCAUCGGCCUCAUGUACUUCAUUCAUAGCUACUGCCCACUCAGCAUCAGCAACCGCUUCCUGCAGAAACUGUUUGUGAAGAAGACGCUGAUGCCCCAUGCGCUGAGAAAGCAGUCGGGUCUGGAGGCGGACCUUGGCCUCAACAACAACAACAACAACGAGGAGAAACUGCAGCCGCUGUAGAGAGUAGAGUACCACUCCAGUAACACUCAUAGAGCCAGACCCCUCCUGUUUGUUCUGUAACUGUUUGACUCCGCCCACCUAGGAGACUACUCACCUGGAAGUCAGGGGCGGAGCCUGUUAGACAUAGCAGCACGAGUUGAUCAGAGACCAGCAUCAGGUGUGCUCUGAGUGCCUUCAUCACUAAGAGAGCAGAAGCCUCAUGCCACACAUGGACCAAAGGGGGCGCUCAAGUCAAUCAUUCAGUCACCGGUUCCUUAGACUCCACCCGGUUGGCAUGUCUGAACUCCUAAAGUGAGCGCUCUCUGUCAAACAAGCUACUGCCCGACUGUCAGCCUCUCUGUUUCACCUCAUCACACUCCUCUGAAAGGACGUAGCCAAUCACUUCAAAAUAAAAGUCCCCAUGCGAUAGAAGACAUGGGUGAUGCCAAGCCUCAGUCCUUCUGCGUUAAAGCUGCUGUACCUGUAGCACAUUGCAACAGCCUCAGGCACAUAUUUAAUGAAAAGUAUCUGCUUAAUCAGACACAUGCUCCAGACUUCAUAACUGAAUGUAACAAUCAGAUCACCAGAGGAAGAACGUCCUAAAACGUCCCGGCUCUGGACCACAAAUGUUUUAAUCCAUCCCAGUUUGUAGCAGAUUUACAGAGCCAGUCUGGUACCGUGUACUGGAGGACACAUUGGUGUGUGUGUGUGUGUGUGUGUGUGUGUGUGUGUGUGUGUGUGUGUGUGU